AUGCGACGAGGAUCGUCUAUUUCGUCGGCAUCAUCUGGUCCCAUUUCACUCAGCCAAAGGCAAUCAAAUUCUCUGCCUUUUCUAUCAACAAGAGGAGGAGGCUCCCUGAAUAAUACUCCCCGAGGUGGAGUCCGUUAUGCCGAACCAUCGGAUGACGAUCUCCCUGCCGCGGAAGGAGUGGUUGCCAAGACUCUGUCGGCGUUUGGAAGCAUGUGGGGAAGCAUGGGUGUCGUCUACAUACUGGUCAAGGCUAUCAAACGAGUACUACCGAUCGCUAUAGAACCUUUGAAGUCAGGAAGUUCCCUUGCUUUGUCUAAGAUUCAAUGGGGUUUGUAUGCCGCAACCUGUCUCUUCUUUGCAUAUGCUGAAGGAUACAAGGGAUUCCAAUUGAAGUUUUCACCAUUGGUUGUCAAGCGAAGCGCGACCUUGGUUCCAGGAACCAAGCAAGGCAACAAUCCUUUGAAUUACUUGUUGGCACCUCUUUACAGCAUGGGAUUGAUCAAUGCCACCAAGAAGCGAUUGAUUGUUUCCUGGUCGGUCAGUAUGGGUGUGGCCAUGAUUGUCGCAUUGGUCAAGCGACUUCCACCCAUCAGUCGAUGCAUUAUGGAUGCAGGUGUCGUGGUUGGAUUGACCUGGGGAAGUCUCAGUAUCCAGCUCUUUUAUCUAAGGACUCUCUUUACGGGAAAGACUCCCGAUGUCGACGCCUGUUUGCCAUGA